CUGCAUGCAAUUCCGUUGAUGAGCAGCUUUAUAGUUUGCGCCGAGGUUUCGCAGUCGCGAUCACGUCUAGAUCACUGCUAAAUUCUCAAAAGUCAACAAACAUCCGAAACUGGCCUUUCCUCGCCCGCUUUUCCUUAUUCGCUACACCUUUAAGUCACUGGAGAGACAUUAUCAUCUCGACGCGUCUUUUCAACCUCAUUCGCAAUGGAUUCCAGCUAUUUGUCCCAGCAGGUAUCGACGAUCAUUGGACAACUUCAUGGCUUGUUUGACGAGAUUGGCGUUCCCAACCAUGAACGGGAGACGCGGGAAGCAGAGCUGUUUGCUGCUCUUUCCGAAACCUUACAAAACCAAGUCCGUCGAGUCACCACUGAAAAGAAUGAGAUGACCGAGGAGGCUCAACGUAUCAUUACUACAAUUAGGCAAAUGGAGGCAUCCUUGGAUGAUAGGAAAUCACGGCACGAGUACGAGGCAGAGGAUGAGGAUUUUAAGAUCACCUACCCAUUGGCACGUUGCUUGCAGGGCUUGAAGGAAAAGCACUCUCAAAUUGCUAAGCUGCACAAGGAGCGAUUCGAGCAAGUCAAGAAACUCGUUCAAGCUCUCGAGUCAUACUCCUCUCACCUGGAACCUUCCUUCAUUAAGAUCUCUCUACCACCUACCUCUCCGAACGCCAGCAUCCCACCCACAUUCGACCUAUCACCUACUUAUGUAACUGCUCUUGAUGAUGAGUUUACUCGAGUCUACGAGGAAUACACCCGACGAGUCGCGACCGUGAAGGCAUUGUCAGAGAACAUUAUCCAGCUAUGGGCAGAACUCGGCACACCACAGGCACAGACCGAUGGAACUAUUGUCAAGUACUAUAGAGACGCACCCGAGCAGUUGGGACUUCAUGAAGAGGAUGUUGCUAGACUGCGUGCAAAGAGGGACAAGCUUUCAGACGAGAAGAAAUCACGUGAAAAGCGCCUCAAGGAUCUGAAGAGCACCGUCGAAGCUUUAUGGGAGAAGUUGGGCGUUGAGGAGCGGGAGAGAAAGCAGUUCUUGAAUGGCAAUCGAGGUUGCGGUGUUCGACAGAUCAACGAAUUCGAGGAUGAGCUGUCUAGGCUGAAUGAGUUGAAGAGACAAAACCUCCACUUGUUCGUUGAAGAUGCGCGCUACAAGCUGCAAGAGCUAUGGGACAGUCUAUACUUCUCGGAGGAGGAAAUGCUGGAGUUUACACCUGCAUUCUCCGACGUCUACAGUGACGCUUUGCUUGAGGCGCAUGAACAGGAAAUCGGUCGACUAGAGGCUCUCAAGGAACAACGUGCACCAACUUUGGCUCUUAUCGACAAGCACCGAUCAUUGGUCAAGGAUCGCGACGACUUGCAGGCCUCGAGUCAAGAUGCAUCAAGACUGCUGGGUCGUGGUCAAAAGGGUGAGAAGCGAGAUCCGACGCGAUUGCUUAGGGAAGAGAAGAUGAGAAAGCGAAUUGCAAAGGAUCUGCCGAAGGUUGCAGUCGAAUUGAGAAAGGUCUUAGAGUCAUGGGAGGACGAAUACGGUCGACCAUUCCUUGUACAUGGCGAGAGGUACCUCGAUGAACUCGAAGCUUCUGAGGCGAAGCCUGUUCCCGGUCCUCGAUCAAAGACCCCAGCAGGACCUCCGCCUACUGCAACCAAGGCUCCCAAGUCUGCACCACCCGCUCGGUCGAAUAGUGUUGUCAAGGCUCCACCACCACGAACUGGAGCAAAGACACCUACAGCAAUGGGAACAGGCACUUUGAGACGAAACGCUCUUCCAGCAUCAGUCGACAAACCUGCAGGCAAAUCCCCGUCUCGUAUUCCAGCCCGCGCUCCACUUUCGAAUCUCAAUCAUGGUGGUAAUUCGCCUGAACGCCGUCCACAGAACGAGGCCACCAUUCGGGGCAAGAUGGGACCGCCACCAAGCAGAGCACCUCCACCAAGGAUGCGUGACCUCUUUGUACCGCCCCCAGUGGCCACUCCCAUCACCCAUUUUCGAUCAGAGAGCGUUGCGUCGAGUGGCAGUGUUCGUCACGUUUCUCCUGAAGAUAAUUUCUAUGAUGGGACUCAUUCUCAGCGCAGCCGCCCUCAAUCAUACCAUGAACUGAAGUCUUCCAUGAGAUCGAAUGAGAGAGACAUGCACUCUUACCCGAACGCGCCCCCAAGUCGCCAAAUCUCAAACACAUCAUCUCAUACGACAGUGUCUGGUUCAGAGAACUGGCAAACUAUCGAAGAUGAUUCUGAGCCUGAACGAGAUGCAACAGAGGCGUAUUAUGUAAAGCUUCGAGCCACUCACGGAAAACGCUAUACCCCAGAAGACUAUCCUCAAAGCGAACCCAUCAAGAAGCAACGAGGAAUUCCUCCGUAUGAUGCUCGUGCAGGCUUCACAGAAACAGAUGGUGUCCGUAUUGCUUCCGGUAGUGAAGCGAAUUGGACUGACGAAGAUGCUUUCUAAGUUUAUCCUUCUCUUCUUUCCUCUGUCUAGAGUUACAUCGGAGUUGCAAUGUGCUUCAUAGAUUCGACCUGCUGUUUAUUUCAGCAGACCUACCACGAAGGUCACGAGCAACGCUUUCUGAUGAUUAUGACGCCCUGAACUGCCGGAUAACAGUCGGAGUUCAAUAGUCCUUUCUCAGCAAAAGUUGAUUCAUUUCUUGUAUUUUGUUUCUAGCAUGUGGAUCUGUUGUUUAGGUACUUUGAUAGGAUAUCAGCACAUGGCCUGAUCCUCCUUCGCGCGGUCUGUGGUUGGUGUUUGGAGUACAGGAUGGACCUGCGAAGAGAGGUUUGUAACAAGGCGUUUAUCAUAAGGUACUCAACUGUAUGAAGUAGAAAGUCAAUAAACAAAAUUAAG